GGAUGCUGUGAAUGCUGUGAAAGCAAAGACUGCAGCAUCUUCAGCCAGAGAAGCAGUCAACGUCGCCUUCUCCCUUCGCCGCCCUCGUCGCCCACCACGGGGUGUCUGCGCGCUCCUGACACCACGCACGCUCCUCGUACGAACGCGUUGGAUCCUUUUCUUCAUCCGCUUUAUCUUCUGGUCUUCAUCGUUUUUCUUUGCUCGGACUGGAUUCAUUCGGCGAAGGCUGGCAGGCAGCAGAGGCGCGCCCCCGCACCUCGCACCUUAUUGUGUACGUGCGUGCGCAGCGCAAUGACACGCGCUUGAUGGAAGACUGACGCCUCGCGCACGCGCCUCACCAGCCAGCCUCUCCUCUCCUGGAAUCUUCCCCCUCCUCCUUCUCCCUCCCUCGCUCCCUCAACGGCGCGCACAGCAUCUCCCAUACGCGUGCACGACCCACACAUAGCUUUGUGUCUUUGCCUAUUGCGGACACGCGCGCGCCACCCCUAAGAGGACUCGCCCGCGCGGCCACGCUGCGUCAAGAGCGCCAUAGCAGAGCAAAGGGAAGGGGGGAUUUAAGCAUCCGAGAGCAAACAUGAUGGCCGGCGGAGCAGUGCAGCAGAACGGCCUCUUCUCCACCCCCCACCACCACAACCAGCAGCCCCACAUGGAGGCCGACCCUCCGGACUCGCGCAAAAGACCCCUGGAGACCCCCACCGAGGCCAGCAGCACCAAGCGCACCAACACGGGAGUGGCCUUCCUGCAGCCCCUUUUUGAAAGUGAAGGCAUUGUUUUCCCACACCAAGAAACUGAGAGCCAUGAGGAAGGUGAGUACUUCCUCAAGGUUCUGAUUCCCAGCUAUGCGGCCGGCUCCAUCAUCGGGAAGGGAGGACAGACCAUCGUCCAGCUGCAGAAAGAGACCGGAGCCACCAUCAAACUGUCCAAAUCCAAAGACUUCUAUCCCGGCACCACAGAGCGCGUGUGUCUGGUCCAGGGCACGGUGGAGGCGCUGAAUGGCGUUCACGACUUCAUCGCCGAGAAAGUACGAGAGAUGCCACAAAGCAGCCAGAAGUCAGAACCUGUCAGCAUCCUGCAACCUCAAACCACCGUCAACCCCGACCGCGUCAAACAGGCCAAGCUGAUCGUCCCCAACAGCACGGCAGGGCUGAUCAUUGGGAAGGGCGGGGCGACAGUCAAGGCAGUGAUGGAGCAGUCAGGGGCGUGGGUGCAGCUCUCCCAGAAGCCCGAGGGCAUCAACCUGCAGGAGCGCGUGGUCACCAUCAGCGGCGAGCCGGAGCAGAACCGCAAAGCCGUGGAGAUCAUCGUGCAGAAGAUCCAGGAGGACCCUCAGAGCUCGUCCUGCCUCAACAUCUCCUACUCCAACAUCACCGGCCCCGUCGCCAACUCCAACCCCACCGGCUCACCGUACGCCAACUCCACCGAGGUCAUGCCCGCCGCGGCAGCAGCGGCGGCGGCCACGGCGUCGUCCUUGCUGGGCCAGGCCGGCCUGGCGGGAGUGGGGGCUUUCCCGACCACCAUGUCCAGCCUGUCCGGCAACGACCUGCUGGCCAUCACGUCGGCGCUCAACACGCUGGCGAGCUAUGGGUACAACACCAACUCGCUGGGUCUCGGCCUCAACCCCGCCGCCGCAUCAGGGGUGCUCGCCGCAGUGGCGGCUAACGCUAACCCUGCAGCGGCCGCCGCAGCUAACUUGUUGGCAUCCUACGCCAGCGACGCUUCCACCAGCGCCGCCCACCCGGCAGCAGGGCUGGGGGGCUUCUCCUUGGGAUCCCUGGCCGCCGCCACUGGAGCCACCAACGGCUACCUGAGCGCCGCCUCGCCGCUGGUGGCGUCAUCGCUGCUGGCCACGGAGAAGCUAGCCGAGGGAGCGAAGGAAGUGGUGGAGAUCGCCGUGCCGGAAAACCUGGUGGGAGCCAUCUUGGGAAAAGGAGGGAAGACGCUAGUGGAGUACCAGGAGCUGACCGGCGCCAGGAUCCAAAUCUCCAAGAAAGGCGAGUUCAUCCCUGGAACUCGGAACAGGAAGGUCACCAUCACGGGCUCGCAGGCGGCAACGCAGGCCGCACAGUACCUGAUCAGCCAGCGAAUCACCUACGAGCAGGGGGUGCGCGCCACCAACCCCCAGAAGGUGGGCUAAAGCUGACAGCCAAUCACGAGUGAGGAGGGGAAAAAGAGGCGGGGCUCGGGGGAGGAGAGGAGGGCACGAAUGUCAGAUGGAAUGGCUUUUUCCUCUGCGUCUUUUCAGUAUUGUCGACUUAAAAAAAAGUAAAAAAUGUGCUGAGACGACAAGGGGGAGGAGUUAUCACGCUGAAAAAAACAAGAAAAAAAGUGUAAAAUGUAAAUAAGUUUUAUUACUUCACGUCUUUCUGGAUUUUUUAUUGGUUUGUUUUAUUGUUUGGUUUUGUAACUUAAGAUGUUCGUUUGUUCGUGGACACGCUGAAUGACAGGAAGUAGGGAGGGGAGGGGCGAGUGGACGGCGUGGGCCCUUCCCCCUCCCUUCCCCGACACCCCCGCCCUCCUAUAGGGUUUUUGUUUUCUUUGAUUUGUCCCCUCCCCUUUUUAGCCCCCUUCUUGACAUGCCCCGCCCCCUUGAUGAGGGCUUGAUGACUGCAAAGUUGAGACGCGUGCACGUGAGGAAACAACACAACACCUCCCCUUGCCUCCAAGGGAGUGGGGGGGGCGGCUGUCGUGGGAGGAGUUCCCUCACGUGCACGGCGGCCCCGUGAUGCCGAGGCGCAUGCUGAUGACCUCACGUAGCGCGCUAGCUGGCUAGCUAGGAAAGAAGCACGCGAGCAAUCCUGUGCACGGCGGCGUGAUGACAUCACUAUUUAUUACUUAGGAGUUCACGUCUUUGUAAACGUGUGAAUUCAUCUUGAAUGUAAAUGAUUUUCUUUUAAUUUAAACGUUGGACUGCAGAUGAAUGCUAAUGUCACAUAGUCUAAUAUAAUUGUCUUAUUUAAGAGAGGGCGCCACCUAGUGUAGGAGCAGGGAGCACAACGCUGGCAGCCAUGUUUAACGCAAGCCGGCGCCUCACGGCGCGGCGUCUCGGCGGCCAUGUUGACCUGGCUGAUCCUCCCUCGUGCUCCGACGGGGAAAAAAGAAAAUAAUGGCGUCACUGCUGCUCCGCCUGUGUCCCUAAAGGGAAGCAAUAGCACUUAGGAUAACUACUGACACACGCCAACACUGACAGGCGACGAGGGAGGGCGGAGCCUCGUGCAUAUCAUGGAAGGAGAUAGGCGCUGCUCGAUAUGCUGUUUGUUCUUGUGACUGUCUUGUUUUUGUUUGUUGUUUUUUUUUUUACAGUCGCAGUACACUGAAUCUUUGUCUUAAUGCACUGUGAAGCGAGGGGGCGGUCCUCGCCGCCUCUCGAGCGAGGGGGGUGGGGGGCGGUCCUCGCGGCCUCCGAGGUCAGGGACGCAACUGGAUGACUUUUGUAUGGCAGGGAACACUAACAUAUGACAUAUAUAUGACUAUAUAUACAGAAAGGGCCAGGAAUGCAUAUGAAGAACCUCAGCGGGCAGGAGAGAAGGUCGAUGAAGGGCAUCAAUCUAUUGAGUUCAAAGGUCACCUGUUCUCCUGGAAAGGGGGGAUGGCGGGGGGGGGAGGGACCAAUUUCUGAAUUUUCUUAAAAAGUUGACAUCCAAAUGAAAUUCAAGUGUGAUGGAAGGUAAACAUGCCAAAAAGUGGAGGAGGGGUGCAUUUGAUUUACUCACCCUCAGGACUCUGCUGAGGGAGGGCAGGGGUCGGGCGGGUGGGGACUCCUCUUCCGAAGCAAUGUGACCCAAAUUGGUGGUGAUGGAGUCACUGGGCCAGCGAGGCUUUCUGGUAAGGAGGCUUCUUUACUCCAUCUUAACUCCAUCCACUCUCCUCACCCCCCUCCCUCCCACCUAGCGCACCCCCAUCCCGACUCCGCCUCCUCCUACCACAUCGCUCCAUGGGUGGCCAUGAUGCAUGUCCUCCUCUUCUUCUGCUGCUGCUGCUGCUGCUUCUUCUCCUGGGGAGACGCUAUGUGCUGGAAAGGAAGUUAUAUUGUUGCUUGUGUCGUCAUGGUGACAGCAGGAAGUGUGUUUGUCCCGCUGGAGGACGCCGCCACCUUGUGUGCAGCAGACAUUGUCCCAACCUGAAGUCGGCUUCACGAGUAUUUUAGAUGUUUAGAAGUGUGUCAUGGUGAGUGAUGGAUCUGUGAGACAGAAGCAGGAAGUGGUGCUGGCUUGGGUGUCCUGUCCUGUACUUCCUGCGGUGCUCCUGCGGGGGCAGCGUUGAGUUGACGUUCCCAUUCCCGCUCUUUGAAGUUGAUUUUUAUUGGAGUGGACAUUUUGACAGCUAAAAUGUGAUGAGUACCGGAAGCAAUACAUGUGCUAGCAUGUUGUCUCGUCCCGUCCUUUUCCUGUCUAGACGCUUUUAUGAAUAGCCGUAGAUGUUUUUCUCCUUUUGUUUGGUGGGAAAUGCUGCUAAGAAACGCUAACCGAUGUACGCAAAACAUGCCCACCCUUAGCUGGAAGUGGCUGACCACGAGUUAAGAAGCUCAACUAGUUGAUGCCGUGCCAAAAUAGCUCUCACAUUGGUUUGAUAUCGCAGACGUACUUUUAUACGAGGAAAAUGUGAAAAGUGCCAAAUGAAGCAUAUUUAUCAUUUCUAGGACAUAACGCAACAGCACUACCACUCUGGGCUAGAUGAAAUAAUAACAUAGCGAUAGCUUAGCAUUAGCAUCAUAAUGCUGAAGAAAAUGUGACUACUUAGCAUUCUUAAAUACAACUUUUUAUAGUGACAAUGAAGAUGUAUUUUGUGGAAAUAGAUGUUAACUUUUUUGCACGUAUAUAUAUAUAUAUGUAUAUAUAUAUAUAUAUUGCAUGAUGUCAAGUGUGGACUACAAAAAAAAAAAAAUAAGAAAAAAAUUAGACUGUGUGUCGUUUCAUUACCACGUGGGGGCGUUGUGACGCGAACAAAAUAACCUGAGAACAAAAGCAACCCCGAACGCCUCACGUGCACACUCGAGGCUUUUGGCUAACGUUACUAACGGCGUCCAAAUGUCCCCGUGACAUGGCUUUACGUGUUUUGGUUUUUAUGCAAGUCAGUAUUCGGUCGUGGUGACACGCCCACUUCCUGUCAAUUUCGCCAAAAAGAUUUUUUUUUCCCGAAAGAACAAAAACAAGUUUGUGUUUGCACGAAAAGUUGCCGUGCGGUCGCUUGUGCCGCCUCUGCCCGGCUUCGCCCGGUUUCGGUGUUACCGUCGUCACGGCAACAAGACACUGUUCGGCGCGGCGUUGCAAACCACACUUUCUCACCUCAUUGCUUCUGUGUGGGGGUGCGGCUCUUCCACAUCUGCCCCGCCCACUCUGCCACCCCUUUUUUUCUGAACGCCCCCUCCGCCACCCCUCCCACACACACACACACACACACACGGGAGGGGGGUGUGUGUGGCAUGAACACCAGCAAGUGUAGAGAGCAUUUGUCACGUCACUGUUUCUUCUUCUUCUUGUUUAUUUUGCUGCUUGAUGACUAACUGACGACAAGAUGCCAUUUUAUGUGUGUAGCCUGGUUACCCCACCCCCACCCCACCAAACACACACCCUCUUCUUUGCACUUUCACUGCCCACUCCUCCUCCUCCUCCUCCUCCUCCUCCAGUGCCAAACUCCGGGGCGAGGACACACAAAGGCGUUGCGGGCGUCUUUCUUUGCGUAGUCGUGUGUGGGACAUCCAUCCCGGAGGCACCCAUGAAGCCAGCAUGCUCCGCCCCCUCAUAACAUGAUGUCGCUCAUGACGCCGCCAACCAACAGCACCUUUUUUGCCGCCCACCGCCUCUGCCUCCUCCUCCACCCUCUCCACACACCUCCACAGCAGGAUUAACCCCACCCCCCCACAGGCAGGUCGCCGCUCAUGCCAGCUGCUUUCCUAAUUCUGUCAUCUUCUUCAGCCGUGGGACUUCAUUGAUUGUGUGCCAUAGUGUUGGGGGCACCUUUCACCCUCCUCACCUCCCCCCCUUUUUCUCUGUCCCCCACCCCUCCACCACCACCACCACCACACUCUUCGCUCCAUUGAUUUUCCUGGAUGGGAAAGAUUCAUUUUUCUAACGACAGCAAUCUUUUAUUUUGUUUGUUUGUUUGUGGCGGCGCCGUGCGGAGUGUAGACGCCAUCCUCUGUCCUCCUCUUGAACCGUUUGACCCCCCCACCUCCUCCUCAUGAACUUUAUUGACCUUCCUCCUCCUCCCCCCUCCUGUGUCCAUCCAGCUGUUUGGGACAAUAACUCUUCAUUCCACCCCACCCCCCCACCCAAAAAAACAAAACGACAACCUCUGUGAGACUGUGCAAUGCUCGCUGAUGUGAUUGGAUUCUUUUUCUUUGUUUGUUUGUUGCUCAUCAUCGGGGGCGACGCUCUGACAAAAAAAGACAAAAAAAAUUUGGAGAAACAAAAAAAAAUGCAGACAAAAAAAGAAAGGAAAAAAAACACUAAACUGUUUCCUCACCUUUUUGUUCUCUCAUUGUAAAUAUUUUUGUCAAGUGUUCGGGGGGGAGGGGAGGGGUGGGGAGGGUGGGGGCGUUUUGGGGGCGGCAGCAUAAAGACGCUGGUUAGUCGCUGUUAGUUGUGCUCUUGUUAGUCAUGUUCAGUUAGCUGCUGUAUUCCCAUUAACUAGUAGUAGUAGUAGUAGUAAGAAUAGGAGUCAUUGUCAGUCAUUGACCUGCGGGUGGCGCCACUGUCAGACAUAUCACUCGCUCAGCUCGGCUCAGGUGUGUGCGUCAGGAGGCGGAGCUAACCUUUGUGCAAUACAGUCUGGUUUACAUGAAAGGUCAGCACAUAUCUCCUCCUGCUCCAAGUAUUAAAAGGUGAGAUCAGGAAGUAAACGUCUCAUUUCACCGCAUGGCUCGAAGCUCCACCCCUGAUUUAUGCUGCCCGCCCCAUUUCCCACACAUGAGCUAUUUAUUAUUAUCAUGACACAAAAUAACAGCAAGAAUUUAAAAAAGGGAACGACUGGAAAAAAAGGUGAAAUUAAUAUUGUUUUGCUUUUCUUUCUUUUUUUUUUAGUAUCUUAGUGGUUGCUUUUUAACAACAUUCAUUACCUGACGUACAGAGUAUUGAAUAUUUAAUGUAACUGUAGCAUUGUGUUUGUAAAGAAAAAAAAACCUAGUGAGUUGUGUUUGUUGACUUGUGGAUUACCAGUGAAGUGGGCCAUCUAGUGCUAAUAAUAUCUAUGAGGUCAUUUUCUAAGAUUCUUAUUUGCCACAGCAACAGCAGUCAUUAUAAAUGUUCAUUUUAGCAUCA